AUGUGCUGUGUUAUUAACUGGGGCCGCGCCGGCUCCACGUACCCUCUGACCUUUGGCCUUGCCUGCUGCGCCAUCGAGAUGAUGCACAUGGCUGGUCCCCGAUACGACAUGUAUCGCCUGGGCCUCAUGUUCCGAGCCUCUCCCAGACAGGCGGACCUGAUGAUUGUCGCCGGCACCGUUACGAACAAGAUGGCUCCUGCAAUGCGACAGUGCUACGACCAGAUGCCCGAACCGCGAUACGUGAUCAGUAUGGGUAGCUGUGCAAAUGGCGGUGGACAUUACCACUACAGCUACUCCGUUCUUCGAGGCUGUGAUCGGGUCAUACCUGUGGACAUCUAUGUUCCUGGAUGUAUGAUGGACCUCAGCUCAUACACCAUACAACUUGUUGAAUAUGCAUGA